GAAGGUUCCUUCAGUACUUUCGUAAUGUAUAAGCCUUCGACAAUCACUGGUACAAAUAAUAUUCCUUUGGGAAAAAGGAGGUUAGCAGGAGGUUCUAAUGAAGAAAUCGAGGAUUUAGCAGAAAAAAAAUUAGAGUCAAAUGGAAACUCUCUCAAAAGAGCAAAAGAAGAAAACGAUCAACAAACAGAUGGAGCUACUGAGGAACGUAAGCGCAAAAGAAGAAGUAGGUGGGGUGGGGAAGAAACAAAGGUUGAUAUAGGUGUGCCGACUGCUAUUACCUACAAUAUGUCAAAAGAACAAUUGGAUACUUAUUUGUUACAUAUGAGGUUAGAAGAAAUUGGCCGAAAAUUAAGAUUAGGGGAUUAUGUUCCACCAGAAAAAGAGAGAUCGCCAUCUCCAGAACCAAUUUACGAUUCUCAGGGUAAACGUGUUAAUACUAGAGAGUAUAGAUAUCGCAAAAAGUUGGAAGAUGAGAGACAUAAAUUAAUCGAAGAAGCCGUACGAAGAAAUCCCGACUUCAAACCUCCCGCUGAUUAUAAAAAGCCUACAAAAGUACAAGAUAAAGUGUAUAUUCCGGCUAAAGAAUUUCCCGAAAUUAAUUUUAUUGGUUUAUUAAUUGGCCCGCGUGGAAAUACCCUCAAAAAAAUGGAGUCAGAGUCCGGUGCCAAAAUCAGCAUCCGUGGUAGAGGAAGCGUGAAGGAAGGGAAAAGUAGGACAGAUGCUGCUGCUAAUGCAAAUCAAGAAGAAGAUUUACAUUGUUUAGUAACUGCAGAUGCCGAAGAAAAAGUUGCUAAAGCAGUAAAGAUGAUCAACAAGAUUAUUGAAACGUCUGCUUCAGUUCCUGAAGGUCAAAAUGAACUUAAAAGACAACAAUUACGUGAAUUAGCAGCUCUAAAUGGUACACUUCGAGACGAUGAAAAUCAAAUUUGUACUAAUUGUGGCGCUACUGGCCAUCGCAAGUACGAAUGUACAGAAACUCAGAAUUUCACUAUUAAUUUAACUUGUCGAAUCUGUGGAGGUCAUGGUCACACUGCUAGGGAUUGUAUGGAAAGAAAUAAUCCUGAAGCUUUACAACAAGCCAAACAGAGAGAUCAAAAAUUAGAUAGCGAAUAUUUGAGUUUAAUGGCUGAAUUAGGAGAAAAUGUUGAAUCAUCAAGAAGUAAUGAUCCUGGCAUUAAAGUGGGUCAUUAUGGCCCUGCUGGUGGUUCUAAACCUCCAUGGGCAUCUCAUUCAGCUUUAGGCUCUCCUACUGCACCACCCUGGGCUUCAAAACCGGCAGUAACUGCUUCUAAUGCACAUCCCGGAACUAACGCUUUACCGCCUUGGCAACAACCAAAUAUUCCACCACCGCCAGGAUUGGGUAACGCCCCACCUCCUCCGGGAUUGUCAACAACUUCUACACCCUGGAAUACUGCAAAAUCUACUACUUAUCCACCACCCCCACCACCAGGAUCUUCUUUGUAUCCUCCUGCUCCAAAUGUUUCCAUGUAUCCUCCACCUCCUGUUGCAGCAUCAAAUUAUGCGUACACAUCUUACAACAAUUCUAGUUAUGGCGCUACUUAUGGCACAACUUAUUCAACAGCUGCUGCUGCUGCAGGAUAUCCACCCCCUCCACCUUCCACUGCUCGAUGGCAACAGCCACCACCACCCCCUUCUGCUCCUGCCCCACCACCUCCACCUCCACCAACUCAACCUCCACCCCCACCACCGAAAUAAAUUUAUUAUCACCUUUUUCACUUUAUGUUUAUACUAACCAAUACCAAUUGUUGCUGUUUGACGGCAAACAUAUAUAUAUAUAUAUAUAUAUAUAUAUAAUUUUUUAAUCACACUAAUUUCAAUUA